CCUUCCCCGUGUCGGUUUUCAGUUCCGGGUUGUCACCCUUUCACCGCUAAGCAUGGCCUCUGUGUGCCGGAGCCCGGGGUUUAAUGUCCUAUUGCGGGCGGUGGGAACAUGCUCAUGGAAACCAGUAAUGGCAGCUGCAGUCUGCGGCGAGGUUUCCCGUCUAAUACAUACUAGUACCACAGUACAGAGAAGAAAUAUUGCAGCCCAAGGACAGGAAAAGUACACAGAAGCUUUUAUUAAAAAGCAGAUUGAAGAGUUCAACAUUGGAAAAAGACAUUUAGCCAACAUGAUGGGAGAGGAUCCUGAGACGUUUACCCAAGAGGAUAUUGAUAGAGCUAUCACAUACCUCUUUCCAUCUGGCUUAUUUGAUAAGAGAGCACGUCCAACAAUGAAGCAUCCGGAGGAACUUUUCCCCAAGCGCAGAGCAAUUCAGUGGGCAGAAGAUGGACGUCCACUUCACUUUCUGUUUUAUACUGGCAAGCAAUCCUAUUACUCUUUAAUGCACGAAAUGUAUGGAAAACUUCUAUCAAUCCAACAGCAUGAAGAUCAAAUGCGGAAAAAAGGCUUAUUCUCUGAAAAUACUAAGCGGAUAGACCUGAUUGGAAGUAGAUGGAUGAUUAAAGAAGAACUGGAGGAAAAGCUAGUGGAAAAAAUGUCCGACCAAGAUUACCUGCGCUUGAUACAGAUGCUGGAACGUAUUCGGAGUCAGACCUACAGCAACACAGAAGAGGAAUAUGUGCUGUCGUUUUGUAAGAUGCUUGAAGUCCAGUCAAAAAAGCAGGUGGUUAAUCCUCUGCAGUAUGAUGAGAGUGGUGUGGCAUUCAGCACAGGGGAAGGUAGAAGAAAAACGACACAUGCCACAGUUGUGCUUCGUGACUCUGGAAAAGGACGUAUAACCAUUAAUGGCAUUGAUUACUUGGAGUAUUUCAGUGUGCUCCAAGACAGAGAACAGCUGAUGUUCCCCUUUCAGUUCCUUGACCGGCUUGGAAUGUAUGACAUGGAAUGCACAGUAACCGGUGGAGGACGGUCAUCGCAGGCUGGAGCCAUUCGCCUGGCUUCAUCUAGAGCUUUGUUAAGUUUUCUUCCUGAGAAUCAAAUUGAGUCAAUGAGACAAGCUGGGCUGCUGACAUUAGAUCCUCGUAUUAAGGAACGGAAGAAGCCUGGACAAGAAGGAGCCCGAAGGAAGUUUACAUGGAAGAAGCGUUAAGCUGACUUAUGGCGAUGCAAGGAUUGGGAAAGCCGUCAUCUGAUCUUUAACAAGCAUGUAUAACAACAUCAUGUUUGACUCAAU